UCAAUCCAAACUUCGAGCUUAGGCAAGAAGAGGGUGAAGCUUCCAUCUCCGGUGCAAAGAUGCAGACGGCGAAGGUGAAGGUGCAGGACAUGGUGAGCUCGGCCAAGGAGAAGGUGAAGGAGGGGUCGGCCAAGGCGCACGGCAAGACGGGGGAGGCGACGGCGGCCACGCACGGCGAGAAGGAGAUGGCGAAGCAGGAGGCGAAGGCCGAGAAGGCCCAGGCCAAGGCCGACGAGCACCAGGAGAGGGCGGAGCACCGCGCCAACGCCGCCACGGGACGCCACGGCACGCGCGUGCCCCUCACCGGAGCGCACGGCCACGCCCCGGUCGGCGGCGCAGCGUACCCGGCCGCCGGCACCGGCGCCGGCACGUACACGGCGUCCGACAAGUACAUCUAAAGAUAGAUGGACCUGGGCUCGAUCGAUCUUGAGCGCUAGUGUGUGUUUUUGUGUGUAGCGCUGAGUGAUCUGCUCCAGCCCCGGCCCCGCUGAUCGUGUUAGGGGUGUGUGUGCACGCACGCGUGUAUGCUUGUGUGCACACGCGUGUUGAAUAAGUGUGUCAGCUGUAAAAUUGU